CCUUCGCCCACACCUCACCCCAACCCAGCCAGGCCUUUCCUUGCUCUCUCCAUUUUACGAUGAUACCACAGCUCGAGGAUCGACGAGCACGGCGUCCUGGCGUGUGGCUAUGAAUAUACCGGGAAUACCCUCUCCCCUCGCCUCCCCUCCCUUCCUUCCUUCAUUGUACCUAUUCAACCAAUUCCUCCUUUUCUUCUUCUUCUUCUUCCUCCUUUCACGCAGGCAUUUCUCAGGCGUUCAUCAUCUUCAUCUUACGAACCAUACAUCAUCGUUUUUUCAUCAUCAUCAUCGCGAGAGACCAUCAUCAUCAUCAUCAUCAUCAUCAUCAUCAUCAUCAUCAUUGCAUUUGCAUUUGCAUGUGGAGGUCGGAAGUCGGAGGAGGGAGGGAGGGAGAAUGAAAUGAAAAGAAAUGAAGUGCAUGGAAGGAAGGAAGGAAGGAAGGAAAGGCCGAAUGGAUUGAUUGAUGGAUAGGGCGAGGGCGCGCGGUUUAUACGCAUAUUUAUAUCUUAUCUUAUCUUAUCAUAAGUUAGGAA